AUAAAAGCCUAGCAAAUGAUAUCAAGAUGGCAAAAAUCUUAUUCAUUUUUUCUGUUAUUCAGUCAAAAAUGUCAAUCUGUUUUGUACUUUGCAGAGUCUUUAGACAGUGAUCAGAGUGAUAAAAAAGACAAGAAGAAAGAAGAAGCACCCCCACCCCCUACCAAAGGGGUUUACAUCUUCCCCAAUGGAGACAGAUAUGAUGGAGAAUACCAGCAUGGUAGUGACGGUUCACUGGAGCGGAACGGUUACGGUGUCCACACCACGACGGACGGGUCCGUGUAUGAGGGGGAGUGGAAAGGGGACAAGAUGAAUGGGAGGGGCAAGCUCACCCACCCUUCAGGCGCGCUGUACGAGGGAGAGUUUGUCAACAAUCAGUUUCACGGCCAAGGAAAAUACACUUGGAAGAACAAUUCAUUUUACGAAGGACAGUUCAACGAAAAUAAAAUGGAAGGGACCGGUCAGUUUACGGACACUGAGGGACAGAUGUGGACAGGAACGUUCCGCUACAAGGCCGCCCCGGGACUCAGAUUUGAACUCAAGAUGAACUAACUCUACCCCUGUGUGUGUAUGAAAGGCUUGAUCACUCCUACUCAUUUAUUGUUUGAGGUUUAUAU